AUGGCCACGCUGAGCGUGAAGCCGGGACGGAGGUUCUCCCUGCCCGACUGGCACAGCAACGCCGAGCUCCUCUCGGCGAACGCCGAGCGCCGCCGCUCCGCUUCCCACCGCGUCCGCCAGGAAGCCCGCGUGCUCCGCAACGAAACCAGCAACCAGACAAAAUGGGAUGAGCAGGACAACAAAACCCGCCUGACUGAACGUAUCAGCAGUGUGAACAGAUGGAAAGAGACCCUGGACAAGUGUCUCGCAGACAUUGAUGCGGAAAUUGAGACCUUAGCCAAAGUGAAGGAAGCAGCUGAACAUGCCCUCCAGGCGAAGAACUUGCCUUUGGACGUUGCCAUUGAGUGCCUGACGCUGCGUGAGAGCCGCCGCGCCAUCGAUGUGGUGAGGGACCCCGUGGAGGAGGAGCUGCACAAGGAGGUGGAGGUGAUAGAAAAGGCCAAGAGAGACCUGCAGCAGAGAGUGAGCGAAGCCUUCGAACAGCUCUGCCUCCUCCAGGAAGCCCGCCAGCAGCUAAGCCUGGAUCACCGAGGCAAGAUGGAAGCGCUGGAAAUAGACCGUGUGUGCCUAUCCCUCAACGUGAACUCUCCCAACAUCUCCUUCAAGGUCAACCCAACACGGGUCCCAGAUGGAUCAACCUCGCUUCAGGAGUGGGACGAUUACAGUCAGCGCAACAAGGACCGUGCUGAGGCAGAAAUGAAAGCCUCAAAUGAGCUCCGGGAAGCAAUAGCACUUACCAUUGCUCAGACAAACAACGAGCUAGAGGCUCAGCGGGUAGUUACAGAAUUUGCCCUGCGCAAGAGGAUUCGAGACUUGGAAAAAGCCUACGAUGAACUGAAAUGGCAGGAGAAGAAUACCUUGGAGGAAAUUGCUGAGAUGGAAGAGGACAUCAGACGUCUGGAGGAAGAUCUUCGGAGGAAAAUGAAAGACUUGAAACUGGCCCACACUCGCCUGGAGACCCGCAUGCAGCGACCCGACGUGGAGCUGUGUCAGGAUCAGGUCCAGUACGGGCUGACAGAUGAGGUUCGGCAGCUGGAGGGAACGAUCAGUGCCCUGAAGCAGAAGUUAGCGCAGUCACAGGGUGCCUUGGAUGCGCUUUACAAACAACUCUACCACAUCCAGACAGAUAUUGGCUACAAAGCUAAUUCCCUGGUGCUGGACAACAAGUGCAUGGACACUCGGAGAAAGCUCACGGUUCCUGCCGAGAAGUUUGUGCCAGAGGUCGACACCUUCAACCGGACCACGAACCGUGGGCUCUCCUCGCUGCAGAGCCGGCAGCUGCAGCUGGCCUGACGCGCCGUGGCGUGUUGUGCAACGAGCCACACGGCAGAGAAAGCUUCCAGUGACUCAGUUCCGCAGCAAGGAGAACGGGCAUC